UGAAAAUCACAUGUAUAGUAACAGAUAAUGCCUCAAAUAUGGUAAAAACUUGUGAAAUUUUAGAGAAAAGACACCUUCCCUGCUAUGCACACAUCAUUAAUUUAGUUUUGAAUGACAGUGUGUCAUUGGAUCCAGUAAAAACUAUUUUAAAUAGGUGUAAGCAAAUUGUCUGCUUUGUUAAGGACGCAGUAAUGUUGCCACCGAUAUUUUUAAAAGGGAACAGAACACUGAUACUCCAUUGAAACUGAUUCAAGAAGUGGAAAUAAGAUGGAAUAGUGCUUAUGAAAUGAGAAAGAGAAUUUUAAAAACUAGUGAAGCUUUUAAUACAUUACUACUUAAAAUAAAGAAGCUCCACCCCUUUAAGCAUAGAAGAAAUAACUGUUUUAACAGAUAUGGAAACAUUACUGGCCCCAUUUGAUGAAGCAACUGUAAAGGUAUCAGGCUCAAACUAUGUCACCAUAUCAUUAAUUAUUCCUUUAACCUUUGGCAUCAAUAGUACUUUAAAAAACUUAAGUGAAGAUAUCCUACCAGAAGAAGGAAAGCAGAUGUGUCAAAAAUUGUUAAAUUCAUUAGAAUAGGAAUAGGAAAAGAGGACUGUGGCUCAAAUGGGUACUCUAAUUGAUUCAAGAUUUAAACAGGAGGGUUUUCGAAGUAUAAAUAAUGCAAAAGUAGUUGGACAAUUUUCGGAGCAAGAAAUGGUAAGCAUUUUAAAUAGAGGAGAAAAUAAAGAAACAAACGAAGAUCAAGAUAGAAAAAACAGUUCGAUGAGUAGUUUAAAUAAAGGUAGUAAUGGCGGUAAUAGUAACAAGUCAUCAUCAUCAUCAUCAUCAUCAUCAUCAUCAUUAUUUUCUUUUAUGAAUGAAAGAACAAGUCAUAAACGAAGGUCAAAGAAAGUAGUUGCCAUAAUAAUAAAGAGGCAAUAUCUAGAGAGACAAAAUUUAAAUUAAGGAAGUGACCCUCUACUUUUUUGGAAGGUGAGUUAAGCUAAAAGUAUUAUCAUGUUCAUAAUCUGUAGAGUUUUGUAUUGUUUCAUUGCCUACAAAAGUGUGG